CACACACGCACACACACGCACACAAGCACAGCCUCCUGCGGUAUCCCAAUACGGCGCAGCGGCUUUUCCAACGGCAUACCAAGUGCGUCCUCGCCGGGAGAUGGGAGGUGCGGCUCCCGGGUCUCAGAGCACUCAGAGCGGCUUAGUAGAGUCCUGCUGAUCGGGGGAUGCUGCUGGAAGUCUGCUGCUAUUUCUUUUUUUUCCCGUGCAGGAAUCGCCUUCUAACUACACCUCUACCGGGAAUUUAAAGUGGACAAGCCGUUUGACCAGGAUAUAACAAUUAUUCUAAGCGUUUUUUGGGGGGAGUGAAAGGAGUUGGGAUUGCUCUUGGACGUGCCUCUUAUCCGCAGUGUCGAUGCGGCUGCGGCUGUGAAUGAUAUCUGCAUAGAUUACAGGUACAUAAUGUCCUCCAACUCAAGAGAGGCUUGAUCCUGACUGGCCGACAGUACUGGACUGUGCCGCCAUCCCUCUCCUCACCAGUCCCACCCUGAGCACAGCCAUGACGCCCCUCACCAGGAUACGGACCUAUGUUUUUGUAUGCUGCUUCCUGUCUAGUCUGGUGCUUCCUGUGACGUCACAAACAGUAGUGCAAGCCCCACAGGCUCAUAGUGCUGGCUCCCAAGUUAUCACAGCGUUGCUUCAGGAGGAGGAGUAUGCGUCAUUUCAUGCUGAGAACCCUGAGUGGACAUUUAACCAUCUGGCGGUGGACUAUCGCAAUGGCAAUGUUUAUUUAGGAGCUGUAAAUCGCAUAUAUAAACUGUCCCCUGGCUUGGAGGUCCAGGUGUCCCAUGAGACUGGCCCAGAUGAAGACAACCGCAAGUGCUACCCACCACGUAUUGUCCAGCCGUGCAGUGAGCCACUUACACUCACCAACAACGUCAACAAGAUGCUCUUGAUGGACUACAGGGAGAACCGGCUGCUGGCAUGUGGCAGCCUCUACCAGGGCAUUUGCAAACUCCUUCGUCUUGAUGACCUCUUCAAACUAGGAGAGCCCUUCCACAAGAAGGAGCACUACCUCUCUGGUGUUAAUGAGAGUGGCUCUGUGUUUGGCGUCAUUGUUUCUUAUGGCAAUGCCUCACCGGACAUGCUGUUUGUAGCCACAGCAGUGGAUGGCAAGCCAGAGUACUUCCCUACCAUCUCUAGCCGAAAGUUGGCCAGAAACUCAGAGGAGGAUGGCAUGUUUGCCUAUGUCUUUCAUGAUGAGUUUGUGGCCUCAAUGAUUAAGAUCCCCUCUGAUACUUUCACUGUAAUCCCAGACUUUGACAUAUACUACAUUUAUGGCUUUGCCAGUGGGAACUUUGUCUAUUUUCUGACUUUACAGCCUGAAAUGGGAGGUGGACCAACCACUGGAUCCUCCUCUGCUGGUCGGGAACAGGUCUACACUUCCAAGAUAGUCCGCCUCUGCAAAGCAGACACUGCAUUCAACUCCUAUGUGGAGGUGCCUAUUGGAUGCAUUAGUGGCAAUGUGGAGUAUCGAUUACUUGAGGCGGCCUACCUGUCAAAAGCUGGUGCUAUCCUGGCCCGCUCACUAGAUGUGGCACCAGAUGACGAUGUGCUGUUUGCUGUCUUCUCAAAAGGCCAAAAGAGACGUCCUCGGCAGGCCUCCCAGGACUCUGCACUGUGUGUUUUCUCUCUGCGAAAGAUCAACGAGAAAAUCAAGGAAAGGCUGCAGUCCUGCUACAAGGGAGAGGGCACGCUGGACCUGGCUUGGCUCAAAGUCAAAGAUAUUCCCUGCAGCAGUGCGCUCUUGACCAUUGACGAUGACUUUUGUGGCCUCGACAUGAAUGCACCACUGGGCGUGUCUGAGAUGGUGCGUGGCAAGCCCCUCUUUUCCGAUGCUGUUGACAAAAUGACCUCUGUCAUCGCGUAUGUCUACAAGAACCACUCACUGGUCUUCGUGGGCACAAAAAGUGGACAAGUGAAGAAGAUCCGGGUAGAUGGCUCGUCGCGUGCCCUUCAGUAUGAGACGGUCCAGGCUGUGGAGAAUGGACCCAUCCUCAGAGACAUGGCCUUCUCUUCUGACCACCACUACCUCUAUGUCAUGUCUGAGACCCAGCUGUCGAGGGUGCCAGUGGAGGCCUGCGGUCAGUACUCGACCUGCAGUGAAUGUCUUGGAUCAGGAGAUCCUCACUGUGGCUGGUGUGUUCUGCACAACAU